UAUUUUAGUGAGUGUUUUACGUGAAACAUUUUUAAAAAUAAGCUUUAAUUAAGAGACAUUCGAUGGCUACUCUAUUAACAGAUUUAGAUGCUACUUGUGCUAAUUUAGGUUAUCAUGAGCCGGAUAGGUAUUAUGCAGAACCCGAUGCUUUGCAAAAUUUGAAGCAUUUGAUUUGGAUAUUAAGGCGAGACAGUGAAACUCAUGAUUAUCGAAGACAUUUGGGGCGAGCUAAGGUUCUUCGAACUGACUUGUUGCCUAUGCUAGUCACCUAUUCUAAAGAAAAUGAAUUAUCAGAUGUGCUUUUGAGGUUACUUGUGAAUUUAACUAAUCCCGCUUUGCUCCUGUAUCGUGAGCAACUGCCAACAGAUGGUCCUGGAAGAAAAAUUUACUUGGAAAUUAUAGAACAUUUACAAGGUUAUAAAGCUGCAUUUGUUCUAGAGGAAGUAUGGAUUGUUUUAAGUACAAGAUUGCAAGAAGCUUUAGAUAUUGAUUGGGCUGAACGUAGCGAAGAUCAUGGAUUAGUAAUUGAAAGAAUACUUGUAUUAGCAAGAAACAUCUUACAAGUACCUGCUAGUCCAGAUGCUGAAAGAAGAGCUGAUAAUGAUGCAAGUUUACAUGAUCAAGUGCUAUGGGGGUUACAUCAAUCUGGAUUACUAGAUAUUGUUUUGUACAUUACAAAUACUCAACAAGAAAAUCAGUAUCAUCUACAUGCUAUAGAAAUAAUUUCUCUUAUGUACAGAGAACAGAAUGUAGAAAUAUUAGCUAAUUCUGAGCUCCAAAGAAGCACUUCUGAAAAAGAGCGUGAUGAACAGGAAUUAGUUGCUGCAAGAAAACGGGAACAAGCCAAGAUUAAUAAAUCUGUGGGCGCAACUCGUAUGCCGCCGUCAGGACGACACUCACGUUUUGGAGGCACCUUUGUAUUCCAAAAUAUAAAAUCAAUUUCUGAUAAUGAUAUGAUAUGUCAUAAAGUGGUAGCUGGACCUGAAGAAUUAAAUUUGAAUAAACUAAAAAAUCGAGUUAAAAAACCGAAAAAUAAGAUAGUUAUUGAGACUAGUUCUGGCGAAAGACGUUCAGCGUUUUCGGUCAGAUUAUUUUUACGUGAAUUUUGCUUGGAAUUUUUGGCUUCUUCUUAUAAUACAGUAAUGAGAGAUGUUAGACGCAUUGUUACAAGUUCUUCGAGCACUCCUGAUGAAUCAUAUUUGCUAUGGGCUGUUCGAUUCUUUAUGGAAUUCAACAGAUUGAAUGGUUUUCGAUUAGACUAUAUCAGCGAAACGUUAAGCACAACAUGGUUUCACUGGGUUUUGAGUUGCUCCGAUAAGUAUAUGGAAAUGGCAGUUACCGAUAAGAAAAAUAUGAGAUUGUGGAGUCGUAGACUUCAUUUAGCUUUGCAGGCUUAUAGAGAGUUUCUUAUGAGCAUUCAAGCGUUAGUGAAGUUGCCUUCGGAUGAAGCAAAAGCAUUAGCGUUAUCUUUACAAAGCAAUGUAUUUUAUGUAAUGGAAUAUCGUGAAACAGUAAUACAUUUACUCAUGCAUUUCGAUGAAUCUAAAAAUUCACGAUCGUACUUGAAAGAUUUGAUUGAAACUGCUCACAUAUUUUCGCGAAUGCUGGAGAAGUAUUGCAAAGCUCAAGGCAUGCGCGGGACAGUUAUGAUUCAACAAAAAAAGAAGCAAAAGAAGAAAAGUAGCAGUAAAAAAUCCGUUCCCAGCCAGGAAGUGCCAAAAGUUUCGCCUGAAGAUCGUUGGUUGGAAAUCGCACAACAAGUGACAGCCGUGCUUACUUCUGACGGCGAACAAAUACCCACUGAUAUGAUUCCAUUCGACGUUACGAGUGAGGUUCCCAUUGAUGAUCAGAAGGAAGAUUGUGUGAAGCGUAUUCAAAACUUACUUAAACAAGAAAAUUUUGAACAAGCCAUUGGUCUCUUGAGAGCUGCCAGAGAGGUUUGGCCUGAACAUGAUUACUUUGGAGCUAUGAAUGUGCAGCCCGAAGAAGAGCAAAUGAUUCUGUAUGACAUCUUUGUUGCAGAUAUUGGAAAUAAAGAGCCUGUGUUGCAGCAGGAAGAAGAAGAAGAAGAUGAUGAUGAGGAACAUUCAAACGAGGAAGAAGAUGAACCACAAACUUUUGAAGUUCAAUUUAAAUUCAGUGAUUAUGAAACAAGACUUUGCAAUCCGAAAGUGGUGCGCGCCUGUACGAUGUUGUUACAAAAGGCGACAGAUGGCAGUUUACCCUCGAGAGCAGUGGUGGCGGCGUGUAGCUUACUACAUCGCAUCGCCUGGUCUUGCAAAUGUCCAGGAAUGCUAUUUCAAGCUUCAUUGUUUCGAGUUUUUCAAGCUGCUUUAAAUGCACCGACCGGAACUGUGCAUGAGGAGUUACGAAAAUUGGCUAUUUAUAUUGUGCGUCAGUUUACGCGAGUUGCUGCGACUAACAAUAAAGUUUUUGCAGAACUUUUAUUCUGGAAAUCAGUGAAAGAUUCUUAUGCUCUAGAAAACAAUUAUGAACAUGACCCUCAGGCUAAAGGAAAAACUGCAGCUUGGUCUGAGGAAGAAGAAAUGGAGUUGAGAAGGCUUUUCGAAGAAAAUCAAACAAAUCCUACAAAUGACCAAGUAAAUACUACGGGCACGAUGUAA